UGUCUCCAGAAAUUCUAGCGAAAAUAUCUACGAUUUUCAUUCAACUGAAUUAAUUUGUGCUCGCAAUAAUCCAGGUGAAAAUGAGCGCUAUAGCACAGCAAGAGUCUCUUGUUAAGGAGAGUUUAUUUCAGUUUAUUACCAGAAACAUCCCAUCAGCUGAUUUGAAUGUAAUUGACGACAUAGUACUGUCGUAUGUUAUAUCUAUUUUGGAAGAGGCUUCCCAGGACCCGUGCUUCGACGUUGAUGGGUUCAUAGAAAUGAUGGCGGCAUACAUCCCUGAGUUUGCGGACAUCGACCCCGGCCAGGUGUGCUCAUGGGUGCUCCAGCUGGAGGCCGAGCUGUCGCGGGGCAGCGAGAGUGACUCACUUUCCAAUCAUGAAGACUCCGCCAGCAGCGACAGGAUCAGCCUGACCAUGCAGAGCCUCACUGAAAUGCUGCCGUCUGUCACCAAGACCAACCGGUCCCACACCAACUCGAGCAGCUCUGAGGGAACAGAGAGGCGCUCUGUGCUGGAGUGUGACGAGCUCGCCACUCAGUGCCGAGUUCUCCAUGAGAUGUUCCCCAACACCUGCGCUAUGGAGAUCAAGCAUUGCGUAUCAAUCGCCCACGGUGACGUGGAGCGCGCGGCGGCCACACUGCUACACCGCCGCGAACAGGGGCAGUCUCUGUCCGCGGCGGCGCUGCAUUCGGCGGCCAAGCAGCCGGUUUGCGACGAUCACGAGCUGAAGAACCGUAUCAUUGCCCGGUACUCCUACGUGGACAAGAACUCUGAAACCAAGGAGCACAAACCACUUGCUCCUAAAAUCGAGCCCAAGAAGAUGGUCCGUUACCGGGACAAUAAAAUCGUGUCUUUGAAAGGCGAGAGGUACACUGAGGUGCCGAAGUCCGGAAUCGACGAGGAACAUUUAAAGAAGCCAAAAAAACAGCAUUGCCCUUAACCAUUAAAAUCACGUCAGUACGGUGGAAAAGCGGACACUUAUUCCGCACUCUAUGUGUCCUGUACCUUAG